AUGAGUGAAGCAGAUGUUAAAAAAUUUGUUAAUAAUGCUAGAAAAACCCUGACCGAUGCUCAACUUUUAUGUUCAAAUGCUAAUCAAAGGAUUGUUAAUAUCAAGAAAAAGAUAUCAUCCUGGCAGUUGAGUAUUUCUAAGCUCAAUUUCUUGAUUGUUGGCCUGAGAGAGCAAGGCAAGUUUCUUUAUGUGACUAUACUCAAGGAAGGUAUUGGGAAGAAAUUGAUUCAGAAAGAAUGGAAUCAAGUUGUCCUCGUGGCCCUGGUUGAUGAGAUGAAGUACUGGCAGAACAAAAUCAAUACUAAAGUAGCAAGAUUGGAUGGUAUAGUCAAUGAGCUAAAUAGAACGCAAAAGGAUGAUACAAAUCAUCCUAAGUUAGGGGAUUAUAUCUCAAGGGAGAACAUCAACUUAUUGAAUGAAAAACUAAAAGAGGUACCGGUAAUUGAACGUCAAAUAGAAAAUAUCAAGUUUCAAUACGAGAACAUGGUCAGAAAAGUUCACAAAGAAUUGAUUGAAGCUAAAUUAGCUGACACAACACGGAAAUUCCAAAGCGAAUUCGGAAUAGGUAAGUCCUUGGAAACAGAUGUGGCAGAGCAAUUUAGUAAGGAAUUAACAGAUCUUGAAAGAGACUUGGUAGAAAUUUUGAACUCUCUGACACAACAUUUUGACAAAACUCUGUUAUUACAAGAGGAGAACGCAGGAAACAAAGAACAUGCCGACUUGUUUAAAGUGGUGGAAGAUGAUGAUCAAGAGUUAUUUAACAUAACUAAGACGUUACAUGAAAUAAUUGAUGAUGUUGAUAAGACAAUAUACAAUCUGAAUCAAUUUCUGGAAGAAAAAAUAAAACAAAAGACAGAAAUACAUACUGAGGUCUCUGAAAUAAUAAGCGAUUUUAACAGAAAUUUAGAGUAUCUGGUAAUCUUUAAAGACAUAUCAAACCUUAUUGAUACCUUCAAGAAUUCCUGUACAGAAGAUAUUCAAAUAACAACAGAACUUUGUGAAUUUUACGACAGUUUUGAAAAAAGCUAUGGUAAUUUGAUUUCUGAAGCAAAGAGAAGGAAAGAAGUGGCAAAUAAAAUGAGAACUAUAUUGGAAGAUUGCGAGAUACAGUUACAGGACUUAAAUGCUCAAGACCAGAAAGAACGACAAAAUUUUAUUGCGGAUAAUGGGAAUUACCUUCCAGAGACAAUAUGGCCCGGUAAAAUUGACGAUUUCUCUUCCUUAUACACUUUUGAAUACAACGUCAAGGAUCCUUAA